AGUUGUUAAUCUAAAAUAAAAAUAGAAAACAGGUUUUCUUGUCUAUUGAACAGUCCGCUCCUGUUAAUUGCAUUAACACUUAAACCCAACUAAUAUAAUAACUAAUUACCAAUGAAAUUACAAAAUGCACUUUAAGAUGUAAUUGCUAAAUCGCUCUAAUUCGUAAGAUAUCCUUUAUAAGGAGGUUACAGUGAUUCUAUGAGGAGCACGCUCAACUUCCAUCAUGAGAGUGAUUGUCGUUUGUCUGUUGUUCGUAGUGCUCCAAGGCGAGGCUGCGAUUUACGACAAUGUCACUUACACACCCGAGGAAAGGCAGCUCUUGGACUUUAAACUGGAACACCCGGACCCCAUCGGACUAUGGACCAAAAGUUCGGGCGAACCUACCGAAAUACGAGAAAUAUUCACAAUCAACACGGAUCAAUUCAAUAACCAGCUGCUAAUUGAAUCAAUGACUAAUUUCGAUGCUGAGAGAAUACCUGAGAGAGUGGUCCACGCGAAGGGCACUGGAGCUUUCGGUUAUUUUGUGGUCACUAAUGAUGUAUCUAAAUAUACGUAUGCUGAUCUCUUUAACGGCAUCGGUAAAAAGACACCGUUGAACGUCAGAUUUUCCACAGCAGUACAAAACCUGGGGGGACCUGACCUGGCCCGAGAGCUAAAGGGUAUGGCAGUGAAAUUUUACACAAAAGAAGGAAAUUUAGACCUUCUUUGUCUGCAAACGCCAGUUUAUUUAUACAGAGAUCCAUUGUUAUUCCCCCACUUGGUGCACGCUUUUAAGAGAAAUCCCCAAACUGGCUUAUUCUCGUUUACUAGCCGUUGGGAUAUGAUAAUACAAAGACCAGUAUUGUUACACACUUUCUUUUGGGUUUUAUCUGAUUAUGGGCUCCCGGAUGGAUACAGGAAGAUGGAUGCCUUCCCUAUCCAUACAUAUGAACUUGCUAAUAAACAUGGAGAAACACACUAUGUCAGAUUUAACUUCAGGACUGAACAAGGAUUCUCAGCAAUCACUUCUGCCCAAGCAGCUCUAAUACCAGAUCCAGAUUACUUCAACAGAGACUUAUAUAAUGCUAUCGGUCUUGGAAAUUAUCCUGCGUGGAGAUUGGAAAUGGAUGUAAUGACUCCACACGACAUUAAAACAGUCGAUUAUGAUCCAUUCGACGUCACAAGACUUUGGAAGAAUGGAACAUUUACCACUGUACAAAUUGGUCGUGUGGUGUUAAAUAAAAAUGCAGAAAAUCAAUUUAGAGAUAUGGAAUUAGGAGCGUACAACCCAUCAAAUUUGGUGCCCGGUAUUCCUGGGCCAGUAGAUUUCCUUUUCAGAGGCAGAAGAUCGUUCUACAGAGACACUCAAAACUAUCGAAUAGGAACCAACCAUAACAAAGUUUUAGUAAACAAGCCAUUGUAUGCCAAAACUUACAACCGCGAUGGAAAACCGCCUGUUUUGCGUAAUAUGCGAAAUGCUCCUAACUAUUAUCCGAACUCUUACAACGGACCUGUGCCGUAUGUAGACGAGAGAAAACCGUGGGAAAAGUUGCAAGUGCUAGAGAGUAAUGCAGUCGAUUUGCAACCAGUGUCAUAUUUCUACAAUCAUAUUUUGGAAAGUGAAGAUCACAGACAAAGAUUUAUUCUGAACCUUGUUGUCUCUUUAGUGCCGGUCACUCCGCCAACAUUGCAAAAAGUUAUCAAGCUUUUGUACCUUGUUGAUCGGGAUUUGGGUACACGAGUUUCCGCAGCGCUGGAAGUUGCUUAUGCUCAGCGAGCUGCAGGACAAGCAGCGGCGCUGGUCACGCCAGCUCCAAGCGUACCUUUAAGAAACAUACCAAACGCUGAAGAGAAGUGUAAAACACCUGAUAUUAAAGCCGAGGGAGCCAAGGGUGCCGAGGGAGCCGAGUGAGCCGAUGGAGUACAUACGCAUCUUGUGAUGAUAGUGCAUUCAUAGAAAAUUUCCUUUCAGCUUCUAUUUCUUUGUGUUUGACAUAAAUAAAUUGCAAUAUUUUGCUUUUGCUUUUUAACACCAAUAAC